AUGUGUGCAACUAAAACACAGCUUUUAACGUCUAAAGUUUUAAGGAGCAGUCCUUCAAAUCUCAAGGAUAUCAUAUUACGGACUGAAGUUAAGCAUAGACCACCUUUAGAGCCAGAGAUACACACUAAAUGUAUUAAGCAAAUCAGUUCUAUUUCAAAAAAGACUCCAAAAUUAACGCUUUCAGCUGACCUAUUUGAACAAUAUAAUAAAGAGUUUGCUCGAGUAUCUCCUAAUGAACUUUCAAAGGUUAACUCCUUCUUUAACUCCUCGAUGGUGAAGUUCGAAUGGGCGUGUUCCAGUUUUUUGGCGAUUCCGGGAGAGAAUUUAAAGAGAGAUAUCAAGCUCCGCCAAAAAGAAGAAGAGAAGCUUAUAGCUGACACUGCAAACUUCAUAGACUCAAUAAAAGUUCCAGGUUCAUCUCCAGUUUUUUGUGAUGAUGAUCACCUGCCUAAAAAACCGAGGAAGCGUUAUCCUGGCAAAACCGAUGGGAUACCUUUUGAAUUAUUGAACGGUCUGCCUGAAGUUGCUUUCUUGGGUCGCUGUAAUUCUGGAAAAUCCACAUUAUUGAACAAUUUAACAACUGGGUUCCAAAGAGUUAAACUUAACGCCUAUGCUAGGGCUUCCAGGAGACCAGGUUUUACAAAAACAAUUAAUUGUUUUAAUGUGGGAAAUAAGUUGAGACUUAUAGAUACCCCAGGAUAUGGUGUUAAAGGUACAAAAGAACAAGGCACCCUAACAAUGGACUAUUUACGUGAAAGGAAGGAACUUAGGAGAACUUUCGUUUUGAUUUCUGCCGAUCUAGGUUUCACUCCUUUGGACACUAUGAUAAUCGACUUUCUAGUAACUCAUGGGAUUCCAUUUGAAUUAGUUUUUACAAAAAUGGAUAAAGUUAAAAAUGUGAAAAGAAUACAUAGCAUUAUUCAGAACAGUGGAAUCCUAAACCUACCUGUUCUACCACAAAUCACUUUUUUGAAUUCUACAACGAACAAGCAAUUCCAGAAGAGAUACGGAGUUGAUCAACUACGCUAUUUGAUAUUCCAAGCAUGUAAUUUAAAACCGGGCACUCUCCCCUCGAAGAGCGCAAAACUUUGA